AUGGUGGCCAGCGCUCGAGUACAGAAGCUGCUCCGACGAUAUAAACUAGCGAUUGCCGCCGCGUUGACUAUCCUCCUGGUCCAAGGACUUGUGGUAUGGAGUCUGAGAAGUCUGGAAGAAGGCGAGGCAGAGAGAAAAACACGACGAUCUAAGCUGCCUGACCACAACAGCCAGGACCCUAAAAGAGACACCGCACUUUGGGAGAAACAAAACUCUUUGUCUGGGAGGAACAGGGGCAGAUGGAGCGGCAGGUCGGAGAGGAUAGGAGGAACAGCAGCCAGUGCGCUGAGGAGAGGGACCGGCCACAAAGGAGAAAAGCCCAGCAGCAGGCUGAGGUCUCCACAGGAGCGGGGGAUGACAGGAGUUGGUUUGGAAGGUGUGGUCCUACAUGAUCUGUCCAGCAGUCGUAACUUCAGCGAGACCCGCGGUGGCACUGAUGGGGCAGCCAAGUUACCCGCUGCCGCCAUACUGGGGGAGCCAGGCAGCGUGGACGGGGCGCACCAAGCCCCCAGCAGUGACUUUGUGCCUAAAUGUGACAUCAUAGGCAAGGACGCGCUGUCUGCCCUUCAUCGCGCUGGUUCACAGCAGUGCCGACAGGAGAUCGCCAACAUCGUGUGUCAGCAUCAGGCCGGGAAGCUCAUGCCAGACGCACUUCCUCAGUUCUGCCCCCAGCUCGGUAUAUCAAAUCAAGCUCAGGCUGUUGGCGAGCUGGACAACAUCCUGUCCAAAGUGGAGAACCCCGUCAGAGUUGCUUUCGUUCUGAUGGUCCAUGGCCGUGCUGUACGGCAGCUCAAGCGCCUCAUCAAAGCCAUCUAUCACCAAGACCACUACUACUACAUCCAUGUGGACAAGCGGUCUGGCUACAUGCAUCGGGAGGUCCUGCAGAUAGCCCAGCAGUACCCAAACAUAAGGGCCACGCCGUGGCGGAUGGUUACCAUCUGGGGUGGUGCAAGCCUUCUGAAGGCCUACCUACGCAGCAUGCAGGACCUGCUCUCCAUGCUGGACUGGAAGUGGGAUUUUUUCAUCAACCUCAGCGCUACAGAUUUUCCCACCAGGACCAAUGAUGAACUGGUUGCGUUUCUGUCACAGCAAAGAGACAAGAACUUCCUCAAGUCCCACGGGAGAGAAAACGCCCGGUUUAUCAAGAAGCAGGGCCUUGACCGUCUUUUCCACGAGUGUGACAACCACAUGUGGCGUCUCGGAGAACGCAGCAUCCCAGAAGGCCUGGAGGUCUCAGGUGGCUCUGAUUGGUUUGCGCUCACCCACCGCUUCGUGGAGUACGUCAUCAACUCCCAGGAUGACCUGGUGUCUGGGCUGAAGCAGUUCUAUUCGUACGCCCUGCUCCCCGCUGAGUCCUUCUUUCACACGGUGCUCGGGAACAGUCACAUGUGUGACACUCUUGUGGACAACAACCUGCGUGUCACCAACUGGAACCGUAAGCUGGGAUGUAAAUGCCAGUACAAGCACAUUGUGGACUGGUGUGGCUGCUCUCCCAAUGAUUUCAAACCACAAGACCUCAUCCGGAUCCAGCAAUUGACCCGUCCGACAUUCUUUGCCCGCAAGUUUGAGUCAACAGUGAACCAGGAGGCCAUAGACAUCCUGGACACUCACCUGUAUGGCCAGUACGCUCCGGGCACUGUUGCCAUCAAGGCGUACUGGGAGAGCUUGUUUGAGCAGCUGGACGGCGUGGGCUCACUCAGUGACACGGCGCUCACUGCUUACAAUGCUUUCUUUCGCCUGGGCCUAAAGAAUCUGGUGACUACUCAGAGCAACAUGGAGACCUGCAGGUUUGAGCCAGUGGGCUACCCUCUAUCAGUGCACGUGUACUUUUAUGACGACCGUUUCCAAGGAUAUCUGGUGCGUCAGGAAGUCCAGGCUGUGGGUUCGAAGGUCAGGGAGACACUAGAGAUGUGGGCAGUGCCUCAAGCAUCGCUUGUCCUUGAGACAAACCUCAAGGAGUUUGAAAGGCUCAAGAAUUUGGAGAUCGGCACAGAGUGGGAUCCUAAAGAAAGAAUCUUCCGUAACUUCGGUGGCGUCAUCGGUCCUUUGAAUGAACCACUUGCAGUCCAGAAGUGGGCACGUGGCCCCAACCUCACAGCCACUAUUGUGUGGAUCGAUCCAGCUCUGGUGGUCGCAGCAUCUUAUGACAUUACAGUGGACGUGGAUGCAGAGUACACCCAGUACAAACCCCCAUUGCAACGCCCCCUGCGGCCUGGCACCUGGACGGUACGGGUGUUAAAACAAUGGGAGCGCGUGGCGGAAGUUCGCUUCCUUGUCAUGCCCUUGACCUUCAAAGAUAAGGAGCCGCUACGCAAAGAAGAGGACAGCUGGCUCCACGCAGGUCCUCCAGGUAACCUGUACCUGGAGCAGAGCUUCCAGCAGCUGAGUUCUGUGCUGAAGCUGCCUCCGCAGGAGCCCGCCAUGCACGAGGCUCAGCGGAAAGCCCAGCUCGUGGGUCAGGCCCUGGAAGCGUGGGUGGACAGCAGCAUAGGGGCCUACUGGGUUACAGGCGGCCUUUGCGCCACACAGACUUCCUCUUGCCCAGCAAUUGGACUUUGCUCCAAGACGUCCUGGAGCUCUCUGUCCCCGGACCCCAAGUCUGAACUGGCCCCAGUCAAAAGUGAUGGGCGGAUCAGGUAGCCCCCAGAGAGGAGAGACUGUAGAUUUCAAUGCAUACACAGGAUGAGUGAGGGAGAGCUGGACCUGGACUGCAGAGCUCCGAAAGAACCUGUGUGAACCGGAUAUUGUCUCCGAGCUCAAGGGCACAUAAACAAAGAGACAUCCUCCUGCGCUGAGGAGUCGAGACAUUCUCAGUGAAGCGGUACUCAAAAGAGGAGGACGUGACUGCAGGAAAUUUGCACAUAGAAGUUUGCGAGCGCAAAGGCUCGUGUCAUCGUUUGCUGAAUGGUUACACGGACGCCAGAUGUAUAAUGUUAUUUUGCUGGCACACAGGUUUUCAGUCAAAAAACCCCUCAGCGCAUGUUUGAACUCUGUGUGGGCGCACAGUUUUCCUCUGCUUUGAAAGAAUCAGAGAGCAGUUGUCAAAACUCAACAACAGGCUCCUCUUCAUUUCAAGGGAGAGUGGAGCCUCUGAAUCAUAUUAUUGUGCUUAUUUUGAAGCAUUAUUAUGUAAGCAUAAGGAGCAGACAGAUGAAGUGCACUUUACUGUAAGACGAUGUUACACAGAGGUCACUGGUUACAGUGAAAGGAGCAGAAGUUAGAGUCACGGAUGAGGUCACAUCAGUUUCAUUUUGCAGUAGACUCAAAAGCAAACGCCUGCGCCGUCACUCCCCUGCACAGACACAUCACUAAAUAUUCUGUUACCUGUGUUAGGAAAAGACAAGGAAAGAGAGUAUAGAGAGAGUGUUUUUUUAGUUCUCUUUACUGUGACAUCAUUUUUGAGCAUUAUUUUUUAUUUUUUUACUGUAUUUGUUUUGUCUGUUUCCCGAACCGAAAGUGUUUAGUUGUCUUUAAUGUCCAUUGUUUCCAAGCCUCAAAGUUGUUUUUCUGGUCAAAGGAAGUGCCUAGACACAGAUAGCAAGGGUACGUUCAAAAUUCCCUUAAAAUAAAUGAUAAAACAAGCUACAGCUUUAUAGCAACAAACAAGAAAGACCACUGAUAUUUUAAAACUUUAGAACAAGCGACUAAUUGGCCCUUAAGCUGGGAUGGUUUUUAAGCUCAAGAAUUAACUGUAAAGGUGAAAUCCUCUGCGACAAUUUAGUGUUUUUUUUGUCUCCAGAAAUCUUUUGAGCUAAGGCCAACUUAGCAAGGUGAAGAAAAUUUGGAUUUCACUUCAAUUGUUUUGUUUGCUUUCUUUUCCAGAGGUAAAUGAGAAUGAGACAGC